AUGGAGCAUAUUCAUAAGUCCAAACCCUUCUACAAACACAGCACACAUGGCGAUCACAAGAAGAAGGCUGAAGAACUACUCAAAAAGUACUGCCAAGGACUAGCUAAUCUCAGAAGAAAGAAGGGAAACAGUAGAAAAAACAGAAGAGAAUUGAAGGUUAAUAAGACCCCCGGAGGUAGGAAAGUGUUGGCAGAAGGAGGUCUGGUGGGAACUCAGAAGGGACUCAAUACAUCCCAAAGAGCCUAUACGCCGUUUAUAGGAGAUAUAUCGAGGGGGUUGAUGAAAGAGAAUGAAUUUCAAAGCUGUUUCAGAGUGCCUUCUUCCUCACAAAUGUCUCAAUACAAGAUGGAGAGGAAGAGAAGACUAAAUAAAUCCCAGCAAAUGAAAAGGAGAGCUUACAACAACAGCUUAAUCUCCAGUGAAGGAGUAUUUCAGUCAACUAUCAAUAAAGAUAGUGCCAUGAACUAUUUUAAGCCUAAAAAAAUUGAUAUGUCUCAAUUAAAACCAACAAAUAACCUGAAUAAAAUGAUGAAAAAAGAUUCCGACAUUUUUAGUCUAGAAAAUAAGCUAGGGUAUUAUAAGACUGAAAGCAAGAAAAGCCUGAAAGGAUAUCUCAAUGCCCUUCGCUCGGCUCAGAUGAAUUUGAAAGCUGCUGAGCAACAUACUAAGGAUAUACUCUCAUAUCAGAACUCAAAAUUUAAGGACUCUGCAAUUUCUAAAAUGAAGAGUGAAAAUAUUGUAGAAACUCCUACCAAUAAUGAAUAUGCUGUAUCCUUCAAAGAGUAUGAGAGUAAUUACAACAGGAAAUAAUGUUCAUUCAAGAGAUAGUUCAAAAAAUCCCCGCCAAAGAGUACUAAGCACUAAGGAUUUCAGCCCAGGAGGAGCCUCUCCCUACCGAAUGGACAAGAAUCACAACUACAACUCAAGUUAUCCAAGGUUAUCUGGAAAACAAGUGACCAACCCCAGAAUGGGCAAGUUACAAUCGUUAAAGGAACGAAAGAGGCAUACAAUGAGACAGUGGAUGAGAAGUUCAACUAGAAGAAGAAGAGUUAUAAAGAACAUGUCAAAGCCUGUGAUUAGAAAGAAGAGGCCUGUAACUACCGGAUAUUAAUCAUAAAAUUGGCACAUACCUGUAUCUUU